AUGAGAAUAUGCUCACGGUACCUUCGAAGGCCAAUAGGCGUGAAUCUACGUUUGUGUGUAAGUCUGACUGCGUCAGAUGCACUUUGCGCAUUUUUCUAUAUUCUUACCUAUAUGAUCAACGUAAUCUUACCAAACAUACUCUCAAAUUGUUGGUCGCUUCUGCUAGAGGUUUUCAAACUGGCAACAUUUUUUGCGUCUGUCUUCACGUUAUUAGCUUUGGCACUUAAUCACUACAUAGGAAUUGUUUAUCCACUUCAUCGGCAUGUCAUAACUCCUCGUAGCGUUCGGUGUGCGAUCGCAUUGGCAUAUUUUGUACCUUCUACAGUAUUUUUGGUAAUGUUCUGUACAGUGCCUGGUGGAUUUCGUGCUCCAAUUCCUUUCGCAUUCUUCUCAAAAGAUGGCUGCAAUGGUGGAGGAAUUUUAAACGGAUUAUUAGAAUAUUGUGUGCAUUUCAGGAAAUGUCGUAGUCCGAUGGGUAUUGGUGGCGCCUUUCAUUGUCUUCGUCCUUCUUAUUUCAUUCCUAUAUCUACAUAUUCUUGUGCAUAUGCGCAAAGUCUCAAAAGAUCCGCUUUUGAAAACAAAAAAGACAAAGAGAAGAACGAACCGCAAGCUGCUUGUCACUUUGAUGCUACUUGCGGGCUCCGCAUGUCUAGAAACCACUCGCUAUUUCUGAAACGUUGUUCUUUUGGCUCUUUUCAUAAGGGACCAAUUGAAUUAGAGGUUGCCCAUAGGCCCAGAUGUGUCCCAUUAUGUACACCUAAAAACCUGAAACACGAUUCUAUAAUUGGUAAUGUGUCAUUGUUAUGCGUACAAAAAUUUUCUAAUAUAAUGACAGCCAUAGAAAGAAUAGAAUUCGACUGCGUGAUUACAUCAUUUCUACAUUUUUUCUCAAGUACUGAAAAUAACCUUCAACGUCGGAGUGACAACAUGUCUGAAAAAGCACCUUUUUUAUGUACAAUACGCACAACCGAUAUGGGUAGACCGCAUUUAACAAUCAUAGUUAAUGCAAGACUAGAGUUCGAUAAAAAUUGCCAUGAUAUCAGGAACGUUAUUUCAUGCCUAACAUCUGUAUUUGAAUACUUACAAAUAUUUAGACACAAGAUUAUUGCCUUAUGCAUGGAAUUUUUGAAGGAAUUUCCCUUAUAUACGUCAUUGUUGCUUAAGUCUUUAAUGAUGCGAAUAUCCACAAAAAGUCGUUACUUUUCUAGGGAAAUUCAUUCACGUCAUAAAAAAAUGAAAAGCUGGUUGCCGACAACGGUGCUUUUCGUCCUCAUCUGCGAUAGUUGUCUCUUCCAACUUCCUCUUCGUGCAACUAUGUAUUUACGAAUCUUAAGUCACUUUCUCAAUGUAUUGAAACUCAUCGCCGAUGCGUUUAUUUAUGCUAGUCGACUGGUUGAAAUCCGUUACGCUAUGUGGAUGUUUCACUCUCAUGUUUGCCAACAGUUAUGCAGUGAGUUUCAUAUAUCUCGAACUUGUAGUUUAAUUGUGUGGAAACUAGGCGAAUGA